UGUACACAACUUAAAAAAUUCACUGCAUUAAAGUACAAAUGUUGUUUUAAUAACUUAAAAGCAUUUUUGACUCCACAAAACAAAAAGACUUGCAAAACAAAUUUAACUCAUUCUUCCUCUGUAUAAAAUAAGGAAUGGUUUAAAAGAAGUGACAUUUGUAUACAAUGAUUGGCUAAUAGGAAAACAUUAAUGUUAUGGUCAUUCAUCAAAACACCAAGUUUUUCAGGUCAGAAUCAGUUCUGGGUCGUUUUUCAUUUCAGAGCAGCAGACUGGCUAUUUUGGUAGCUUGGAGUAAAAAAGGCAAAGAUCUGCAGCACAGCUGCUUUCUGUGGCUUUUAUUUCACAGAAAAAAUAAAUCCGGGUUUCAUUGGGUCCUUUAAUUAGACUGCUGCCGAGACAAUCAGCAGCAUAAUGCACAGCUUCUUAGAGAAGAAAAAUCUGAUUUAUGGUUAUUUAUUUCUGAACUGAGAAGAGAACGAAGCAAAGCUCGUCAGCUGCAAAACUAAAACAAGAAAAAAAUGGAUGGAGUUUCUGUGAUGCUGCAAUACAGGUGAGGACCUGAAACCGGAUGCAAAGGAGUAUCACUCCAUACUGGAGGGAUGUGACGCAUUAAAUGGCCUGUAAUUCAUUGAUUUGGCUUAAAUUGUGUCUUCACAGAAGAGCCACGGUAACUUCCGGAUUAGUUGUAAGAAAGUCUCUCCGGUAAAUCGGGUUUUAAACACAAAUAAUACCGAAAUACUUCUUCUGCUACUUUUUCUGAGACGUUUUUCACUCAGUUUGGUAAAACAACUCCGCCUAAAGUCAGGCGUCACACCGGAAACUGGCAGCAAGGCUUCCGGUGGAGGAAAACAAAGGGGCUAGGAACGUUAGCUUCCUAUAGCUCGGUUAGCUUCCUGCUAGCAGCCGCUUCCCAGAGCGUGUCCAGGAGGUUCUGGUUCUGUUCAGCAACAAUGUGUUCCGUUGAGCCUCUGAGAGAGUUUAUCAGAGAGAGACUAACUGCUGCUGCUGAAGAAAUCUUCACCCAGCUGGAAAAAACCAUCGUCCAGUACGAGGAGGAGAUCGACCGGCAGCGGAGACUGCUGGACCUCAGCUGGAGACCCCGGGUCAGCUUACAGCGAGCAGACGUCCCGCAGCAUUACAUCUGCAAGGAGGAGGAGGUUCAGACGGACCAGCAGCCCCGCAGCCCGACGGCGGAGGUGCCUUUGAAUCAGGAGGAAAUGGAAUCUGUGCAGAUUAAAGAGGAACACGAUGAGCUUCAUGUCAGUCAGAACGCAGAACUGGUUCUGAAAGAAGAGACGGAUACCUUCAAGGUGAGUCCUGUUCCUGAGCAGGACCGCCCCAGAGAGCCAGGACCAAACAGCGACCUCAAACCGGCGGCUUUUAUGGGUCCUGUUUCUGAUGACGAUGACCUGAGAGAACCAGAACCAAACACGGACCAGAACUCUGCUGAUGCCGAGUACCAGAAUCAGGAAGAAAGCAAUGAAGACGACUCUGGAUCCAGCACAGAAGAGUCUGAGCAAGACAAGGAAAGUCGCAAAACAAAACUAAAAAGGCACCGAAAAAGUGACACCAAUUAUAAUCUGUCAUCUUGCAAAAUUUGUGGAAAAACUUUCACUCAGAAGUAUCUGAUUGCACACAUGAGGAUCCACACAGGUGAGAAACCUUUUAAAUGUUCCACCUGUGCCAAAAAGUUUAUUCUCAAAAGUCAUCUAAAAAACCACAUGAAGAUUCAUAGCGGUGAGAAGCCUUUCUCCUGUCAGACCUGUGGGAAAAGUUUCAUUCAGAGGAUGAAUUUAACUCUUCACAUGAGAACGCACACUGGUGAGAAGCCCUUUCCAUGUGAAAUCUGUAAUAAGACCUUUGCUAGCAGGAGUCAGUUAACUACUCAUGUGAGAACUCACACAGGAGAGAAGCCUUAUGCUUGUAAAACCUGUGGGAAAAGUUUUAGUACCAGAGGUACUUUGAUUAGUCAUAUGAGAAGUCACACAGGGGAGAAGCCUUUCUCAUGUCAGAUCUGUGGACAGAGUUUCACUCAGAAACCAGGUCUCAAAGUUCACUCACGAAAACACACAGGAGAGAAACCGUUCAUGUGUCAAACCUGUGGAAAGAGUUUCAAUCAGAAAAGUGCCUUGCUCACACACAUAAGAACUCACACCGGUGAAAAGCCCUUUUCCUGUUUGACCUGUGGACUGUGUUUCAUCAUGAAGAGCAGUUUGACUCAGCAUAUAAGAACCCACACCGGAGAGAAGCCUUACUCUUGUCAGAUCUGUGGGAAACGCUGCAGUUUAAAGGGUAAUCUGAAGUUUCACAUGAGGAUUCACACAGGGGAGAAACCAUAUUCAUGUCUUACAUGUGGAAAAAGCUUUGCAGUAAAAUGUCAAUUAACUCGUCACAUGAGAACUCACACAGGUGAGAAACCCUUUUCCUGUCAGACCUGUGGAAAGGGUUUUACCAAGAACCUUUAUUUAAUUGCCCACAUGAAAACUCACACAGGCGAGGCGGUUUAACCGAGAGUUCAGCAUGGCAGCCUCACUUCCGUCAGACUGCUCCAGGGCAGCUGUGGCUGCGAUGUAGCUCACAAUCAUCAGUGUGGAAUGCAUGGGUGUCACAAUAGUCGCUGUGAUUGAGACGUCUCGCAAGAAAAUUAAUUCCACUUGAUUCACAGGAGACGUGCAGCUAAAGCUCCAAUUUGGGUUUUCCUCGUUACCUGCUGCAGCUCACUGCAGAAUCAACAAGGUGAAUAACGACUGCAGGCUGCUGAAAACUGGACACAGUAAUGUCCCAACUCUUGACUUCUCCCAGUGUCUAAGGCUACGUUCACACAGUCAGUCUUGAUGUUCAGUUCAGAUUUUAAAUUGAAAUUCUUUUAUUUUUUGAUAAAAUCCACUUUUUUCUGUGUGGUUGUUUGUGCCGCAGACAUAAUAAAGAGUAGACACGUCAUGCACCGCUCUAGCCUGUUGUCGCUGACAGGGCGGCCAUCUUGGAUGGACGUUAUGUUUGGCAGGUGCUAUGAAGUAUCAGCACACUUAAUAACAACUUGCUAAAUACUAAACAGAUUUUCAUGCUUUUUUGCUGUAAACCUUAUUCAAACUUUUAUACCUACAUGUACAAGAACAUUUACUUUUUAAAGUAUUUUUGAAUUUGAUAUGUGGUUCAGCAUAUUUAAAUAUCCUUACUGGGGAGAAUAAAAUAUCCUGAUUUGAUCUAUGAUGGUUAUUUUACAACCACAUAGACACAAAUAGAUUUUAUAAUUAUUUAUUUAGUAAUGGCAAUACAUAUUCAUAUAAAUAUACAAACACAAAUUAAUACAAAUAUAUAUUAAGCUAUACAUUUUAUAUUGAAAUGCACAU